AUGGGCCAGAGACACAAUCGGCGCCGGACAAGGCCUCGCUCUCGACGACGGAUGAACAACAACAACAUAAACAGCUCUGCCUCGCGGCUUCAGCCGGCCGUACCUCCGCUGCCAGAGGUAUACAGCUCUUCAUGCUUUGCUGCUUCCUCGAUCCCUCCACCUCCUGGAUUGCUCCCCAGUGCUCGAAACCACUGCCAUGACCGUGUGCCCUCGGCCCAACUCUGGCAUAAUCGGUACAUGGCAUGGCAUGGUCGAGGCUCUGGGGCAUCCUCUCCCACCUCGCAGCAGCAGCAGCAGCAGCACCAGCACCAGCACCAGCAAGGUCAAGAAGCGAGUGACAAGCUAGAGGCAGAGCAGUGCCGACUGUUUGGCGGCGAGCCCGGAGACGACGUGGCGCUUUGUUUUCGCAUGCUGGAGUUUUUUGGCGGUCUUGACUUUAUCGAGUGA